UCCAGAAUAGCGCGCGGCGGAGGAGCAGCCACACGGAACCGUUGAGGCUUCCUCUGUGGACCCUGUCGCCAAUGUUUUGUUUGUUUAUGUGGGAUUUGUUUGUUUGUCCGGAAUAAACCCGGCAGGGGGGAACUUCCGGCGGGAUGUCGGAGCUGAAGGAGAGCCAGUGUUACGGACUGUCCAGCGGGAAACUGAACCGCGGCGGCAACGUCUCUGUUUUUCAUGUUAAACUAACUGACAGCGCGGCAAGAGCCAUUGGCUCCUUUCAAAACGGCAAGGGUCGGUCCUCCCAUCCCACCAUCUCUUUUAAUGGCAACAAAGGGAGAAUCACCAUCCCGUGCUCAGAGAACAGAGAUGAGUUGAGGAUAUUCACCUUCGGCGUGACUAACGUCGCUCGGGAUAAUCCGCAUGGGAGUUUUGACUGCAUCCAGCAGCUCAGCACGGGUGCUGCCGAGGAGCUGUCAUGUCUCGGGGUGAUUCAGAAAAAGAUGACAGUCAACGCUACAGAUGACUCGUACGAUAAGGCUCGUCAGAGCAUGGCGCAGGCUGAGGAGGAGACGCGCAGCCGAGGGGCCAUCGUCAUCAAACACGGCGGACGCUUCCAGGGCAAGAAGGUGACGGUGCGAGCCCCGGCCCCUGCGCUGGCCAGCCUGACCAAGCCCCGACACUCGUCCCAGUCUCUCCUGAGUAAAGUUAAGAAGGGGGUUGGCGUGUCCAAGCCAAAGAAGGGCGCCUGUGCUUCACACAGGAGGAGCGUGGGUGACGUGCAGGAGAGGCCGCUCAGGGAGAGGGUAACACACCUGCUGGCUCUGAGGCCGUACAAGAGGCCGGAGCUCAUCCUGAGGCUGCAGAAAGACGGACUGACAGCAGGAGAGAAGGACAUGCUGAACUCUGUGCUGAUGGAGGUCGGCCAGCUCAAUAGCAGAGACAACACAUAUGUUCUAAAAGACGGUCUGUAUAAGGACCUACAGAAGGACUGGCCAGGCUACACUGUGGGAGACCAGCAGCUUCUGAAACGAAUCCUCGUCAGGAGGCUGUUUCAGCCACAGCAGAACCUCCUCACCGUCCCAGAGGCCCAGGUCAGUCCACUACGAGACACCCCCAACUCCUCCCCAGCGCACCGUCCAAAACCUUCCCUCCCAGAGGAAUACACCGACCCUUUGGCGAGUAAGAAGCCCAGGAUAUCGCACUUAUCAAGGAAAACAGCCAGCGACACGUCAAGAGCGAGGCCGUCGGAACAAGCGGCCCUUAAAGAUGUCACAGAAGCGGCGGGGGACGGCGAGCAAAAGAACUCGCUUGAUCCUGGAAAGCUUUUUGACUCCUUGUCAGCGGUCUGCGAGCGGGAGGCAGAAGUGGCCGAGAGGCUAGAACCAACUCCCUGCGCUCAGGAGCCCACGGUCACGACAGACCCCCCUCAACCCAACUCUGAUCGCCCUCCGUCACCGCUGAUAGUGCCUGAUCUGAAAAGACACACAAACAAAAGGAAAAAGAGCAAACACAAACACAAAGAUCAUGAGAAGGACAGGUGGAGAGACAGGAAAGAGAGGAGAAAAGACCACAGUUCAGAGGAUACGAACAAUAAAGUCUCUAAGGACGGCAUAGAGUCAAGUUUGUUUGACUCUGGUGUGCUUAAAGCUGACAAAGAUGCACCAGACUAUCUAACGAAGUACACAGCGAUCCGCAGCCAUGAGCAGAGGCAGUGCUACAAGCAGGACUUUAACACUGAGUACAGCGAGUACAGAGAUUUACACGCUCGUAUUGACGGAGUCACGCGGCAGUUCAUGGAGCUGGACACGCAGCGCAAAAGGCUACACCAUGAAUCACAUAAAUACAAGACGCUUCAUAAUCAAAUUGUUCAAGAGUAUCGCAAAAUUAAAAAGUCCAACCCCAACUACAAUCAGGACAAGAUGCGCUGUGAAUAUCUGCACAACAAACUGGCCCACAUCAAGAUGCUCAUAUCAGAGUACGACCAACAACAGCUCUGAUUGUGAGACCAACGAUCUUAGACGAGCACAAUAAUCCCCCUGAGGCUGGGGAGGUUCACGCUGCUGAGCUGAAUGCCAUCGAGCUGGAAGUCUAUGGUCUUCAUGGCUAAACGUGGUCUCACAGGACCUGCUGGAAAUGUCACUGAGGGCGGGAGUCAUUUGUGAAGAGAGGCCGUGGUAUGCUGGGAAAAGCAGACCUAUAAUAUGAGAUCUUUUCUUAGAAGAUGCGACAUCAUCUUUGAAAAAAAAAAAAAAAAAGUUGGACCAGUACAGUGACACGAUACUGCCAAGGACACAAGGAGAAACAUUACUUUUACAAAGAAGUUUAAACUAAACUCUUUAAAAAUACAGAUGCACACACGUGGAGAUGCGGUGCUAAGAAAACAUUUGUAGAUUUCCAUCCUCCAUCACACACUUCAGCUUUGUUUGGGUAUUUGCUUAUGUGUUCUGUUCGCCAAGUCAGCAUUAACGUUUGAGCCGGAAGCAUGAUAACCGCACGCUGUACAUACCCAGACGGCUCGUAUGGCAGCUGGGAGGCAGAUGUGCACAUCCUGAGAAGAUAUCUGUUUGUUGGGUUCGGUGAAUUGAGACUGUAUCAGUGUUGUUGUGUCAGUUCUGCUCGGAUCAGGCCCGAUCUGCUCCGUGAUGAUUCCUCAAAGUAUUGCCAGUGCCUGAAAUGGUUUCCAGUUCUGGGCUCAUAGUAUUCCACUGGUGUUCUCCCUCAUGUGGCUUUCCUGGGUGUUGAAGACAGUAUGAACCAUUGAUAGCACUAUAUGAAGUUGUAAUCAGGGACUUUACAGUAUGAGUAACUGUUUAUAAUUAUCAGAGUUCAGAAAGUUACGGAGUCGUUGUUACUGUUCGCUGAGACGGUGAAGAGCUGAGAAACAAAGACUUUGUUGCAUGCUGUGUACUUUACAGAAUGCAUGCGGAAUAAAUCAGGCGUUUUGUCAGAGUUUCAAAUAAAUUCAUUUGUAUUCA